CAGUGUUUGGCGAUUGUAGUGGCUGUAGCUCGUCGUAGGCUUUUACGUAAUAUGCAUUCGAACAAGUCUUUCAAUUCUUUUGUAUUCUUUGACUUGGAAACCACAGGUCUAAAAAGACCCAUAGAAAUUGCUGAACUAYGCUUAGUUGGCGUUCUCAAUGACCAACUCGAGUCGUGUUGUACAACCUCGACUAUUCCACGACUACUUGAUAAACUGACGGUAUGUGUUCGUCCUACGCAGGGCAUUGAGCAUGGAGCUGAAUUGAUGACAGGUUUAUCGAAUAGCGUCCUUGAAGACUACAAAGGUUUCGACAGAGAUCUGGCUACAACUAUUAAAUCGUUCCUUGCUCGGCAAAAGUCGCCAUGUUGCUUGGUCGCUCACGGAGGCGAUCGAUACGACUUUGAUAUCCUCGCUUCAGAGAUCUCUCAAGCUGGUUUGGAAUUUMCUUCUUGUGUGGAAGUUUCGGACUCUUGUAGUGCUUUUCGAGCCAUGCAUAAAGACAUAAAGCAUAAAGACAUAAAGGCAGAAGGCACCGGAGAACAAUSCAUGGGAGAUAGARCUAGCGCAAGAAUUUCACAUAGUUUGARCAGUCUUUACAAACGAUACACUGGAAAAGACAUCGAAGGAAGCCAUACAGCUGAAGGAGAUACAUUAGCUCUGUUAGAGCUCAUCUUAGCCAAACCAGAAGUUAAAAAGUACAUUGAGAGAGGAGCUCGAAAACUUGGCGGUACGGCAAUUCAGAAUGCUGGUUUAGCCGGUGUAAGGAAACGGACUAGCUUGAAUAAUGAAUUGGACGAGAAUGAAAUAGAAGAAAGUGAAGUUCUUGAAGAAUAUUUUAGUGUUCUAGAAGAAGAAGGUGUACUAAAAAGUCAGUAAAGUAGGUAYAUGUAAUGUGCAGGAAGAAGCCAAAUUACACAGGAAGACCAACACAAUCAAAAGUAAGAUUGAGAUGGGUUUCCUGUGUUUCAAUGAUGUAAAUCUCUUCUAAUGGAGUCAAAACUAAUUAAAAGUCAUGAUUUUAGUUA